AUGGCUACUAGAACAAGUAAAAAGGCUGUCGCCGACAGCAAAAUCUCCUACAAGGAUAUGAUUACCAACGCCAUUCUUUCUUUGAAAGAAAGAACUGGAUCCAGCAGACAGGCAAUCAAGAAACACGUCUUGGCAAACUACCCAGUAGGAACAAAUUUUGAUUCCCAGUUCAAUCUCACCCUUAGACGUAAUGUUGCUGCAGGAUACUUCAAACAGCCAAAGGGACCAAGCGGACCUGUAAAGUUAAACAAAGAUGGUGAAAUCAAAAAGGACAUUAAAACCGUUAAGAAGGUGACCAAGCCAGUGCUGAAGAAGAAAGUUGUCGUUGCCCCAAGAGCAGCAACCAAGGCUAAGAAAACAGUAGUUUCCAAGAAAUCUGCCCCAAAGAAGAGUUCUUCCACAACCGCCAAAAAAGUCCCAACUAAGAAAGCUGCUCCUGCUAAGAAAACAAAAACUGGGUCAGCCGCAGCUAAACCGGGGAAGGUUAGUAAACCAUCUAAGACAACAGCAACAACGACAUCUGCAGCCAAGAAGUCGAAAGCAAAACCAAAACCGAAAACAACCUCCACCACUACUACCAAAAGAUCCAGAAAAUAG